UGUAUCGAAGCCGCUAAGACGGACUCUUGUCUUGUUUUGCGACGAUUACAGUAAAACUGAAUUGCUUGUGGCUUAUAAAUUUUGGUGAUAAUAAAACUUAGCGAUGUUACAAUCAGACGUUAUUAAAAACCUAUCCUACGCUAAGAUACUCGAUUAAGAAACGAAUUCUUAUUUAGUUCACAGUUAUGACUUAAUAAAAAAUUCUUGUUCAUUUUGUGAUGAUAGUUUCUUCGUAUUCCUUUGGUUUUAGAAAGACUAAAUCUAAACCUAAUCUUUAUUAUCACUGUACUAUUACGUUCAGGUCAAAAAACUUGCUAUUGAAGCUGUUAAGAAGAGAAAAGGGGAUGUUCAAAAUGAACUUGAUGUUCAAGGAGAGUACUUGCUCCAGUUUGGAAAAUAUCGUGGCCAGUCCUUCAGGUGGAUGCUGGAAAACGCUCUUGGCUACAUUGGUUGGUUUGUUGACAACAUUCGCAAUGAAAAAGUGACCAACUCUCCUAUAAGUCAAAACAAAGCUGCCUUAAAGAAGUAUGUGGAAUCUUUUCAAGAGGGUCGUGAUGUUGUGGCCCUGAAGAGAAAGCAGAGGGAGGAUAAAGAGGCCAAAAAGCAACACAAUUCCCCACAACCAAGCCAAAACUCUGCAUCAAAACAAGUUGUCUCCCCCCUGGCAGCUGGUCUGGCAUCUGGGCACAUAAGCACCGAGAAAUAUUUGUCCCGGGUUGCAUCAACCACAGGUGUUGAAAAGUUCAAACCUACCAUCCCUGUAUCAGUGAGAAAAAGAAAACCAAAGACACCUUCUGCCACUGUGACAUCUACAUCAAUUACUAAAGAUGUAGAUGAUGAGGAGCUUUGUGCCUUUGCUGACCAAGUAGAGGAGAAUUUAGUCCAACCAACCAGUGAGCCAAAUAUAAGUCAGCAGCCUACACCAGAUGCAUCUCAAUCAAUACAAGCACCUGAACUAGAAGAGCCUGUGCCACUAGUACCAGAAGUAAUUGAAAUGCCUGAGGCUCAGCCAGAGCAAGUACUAACAGCUUCAGUAGCCCUCCCCAGCAGUGUUAGGAAUGAAGGUACAAGUUUUUGUAUCAAAUGUUAUUAAUAUUUCACUCUUUUAAUG